UAUGUCUCAGCUGGCAGCUACUUCACGCUACCCGACCAUGAGCCACUCCACUGCCGUGUCGCCAUGGCAACAGCCGUUUUCCUCUCAGCUCUAUCCUUCCCCAUUGGCAUCGGCCCACCAGCUGUCACAUGUCGAGCUCCCAGCUGCCAGCAACAUCACCCACCUUGAGGUGGACCUAAACGUGUCCCCUAGGGACCUCCUCCCUGCAUACCAAUCUGCCGCGCUGGCCAACGAGGGCCACCUGGAGCUCCAAGAGCUGCCAUUCACCCCCAUCCAUGCCCCCAUCAUCACCAUGGGAACACAUGCUGUGCCCAGCUCUUCCUCUGUGAGUUCCAGGAGCUCCCUGGCCCACCUCUACUCAGCCGGCUUCCCCUACAUCACAGACCCCAGUGGGCUGGUGGCUGAAGUGCUGGACCCGACAGAACCAGUCAACUUUGACCCCCAGAGAGAGGAGGCGGAUCCCCUGCAGGGCAAUGUGCUCCUGCUGCAGUUUCUGGCAUUUUCCAGGAUACCACAGCAAGGGGGGAGCAGCAACUGGCCAGACUCUGUUCAUUUCACCUUCCAGCUCUACCGCUUCCCACCAGUGACCACACAGUGCCUGAAACUACUGGGCAUCGACAAGCUGCCGAAGAAAUCCAGCGAGACGCCUCCCUGUGUCCUGGCCGUCAUUAACAAGGAUGGGACAGUCAACUCUGGCUCCCCGGGGCUCCAGCUGCAGUUUCGUGUGGACGGGGCAUUCUUGCAGCCGGGUGAGAGACGCUGGUUCCUGCGCUACCUGGCCCUGCACACUCUGCAGGUGGAUGUGUGGGACAGCCAAUCCCUCCUGCUUAUCGGCUCCACAGCCCUGGGGCUCAAGCAUAUGUUGCGGCAGGGCCGUCCAGCUGUACAGGCCACUCAUGAGCUGGAGGUCAUCACCACAGAGUACAUGGGUGAAGGCGUGCCGGUGAGCCUGCACCGGGCCCCCAACCCGAUCAGCGUCUUCACCACCAUCAAAGGUCGGCUCCAUCUGCGCCUGGGCAACGUGGGAUGUCCUGUAGACCAGAACAAACCCAACAAGCCCCAGUGUCUUCCUCCGUCACGCUCCCACAUCAUCUCACCGCCGGAUGCCACAAGUGGCUUCACCGGGGGCAGCUUGUCUUCCAAGAGCAUCCAACGACUCAACGUGCGUAACGCGGCGCGGGCCCAGAGGCUGGUGGAGCUGGACGGGGACCUGGUGCCGUUGCUCCAGAGCCAUAUGAAGGAGGGCGGUGGGACGCCCCUCACUAACACCCCCUGGUGGGGCGAGACAGACGACGUACGCCAGCGCAAACUCAAUCGCAUGGUGGCCGUGCGGCAGCACGAGGGGGGACAAGAUGGCACCGGCAGCGAGGUCAAGACGAAGGUCACGGGCCGCCGAGCAGAGCGUGCCCAGUUGGCGCGGGACCUGCGCCUGAUGCAUGCCUACAGGGAACGCAGUAAGGCAGAAGGGAUCACCCACAUACUGAGCCAGGCCAUCACCAUACACCACACCCUCUACGCCACGCUGGGCACCGCCGAGUACCUGGAGUACAUCCUCCGCAACCCCUUCAACACCCCACAGACCGUCACCAUCUAUAGCGAAGACCCCGAGCUCAGUGUCAUAACGGACUGUGACGAGUGGAGGUAUUUCAAGACACUGACCAAAACCUUAACCCCCCUGGAGGAGGACAUGUUCCACCUCAAAGAGGGCACGCUUGCCCCCCAGGUGUACCUGCGGCCCAAGGAGAGUGUGCACGUCCCCCUCAAAUACCAGACCUUCGUCUCAGACAACUCUGUGGUUCCCCAGGGGCCGAGUCUCAUACCCAGUGGCAGAAGUACUCAGGUGGCCAAGAAACAUCUGUCCAAUACUGUGCUGGCCAAGUCAAUCAAGGUGACAUUCAGGGCAGAGGAUGGUAAGCCGCUGGCCAUCUGCCAGGUGAGCGUGGAGCCCACGCCGCACGUCAUUGACCAGACAUUCCGCUUCUACCAGCCAGAGUUGUCCUUUCUGAAGAAGGCCCUGCGCCUGCCCCCCUGGGAGAGAACGCCAGUUGGAGACACAGAUGCUGGGUUUCAGAUCUCAGUGCGCUGCAGUGACCCCAACGUCAUCUGUGAAACAAAGAUGUUGGCACAAGGGGAGCCUCAAGAUGUGUAUUUAAAAGUGCCGGGCAGUCCGAGCCCGCAAAUCCGAAAGUUCUUCGUCACAGUGUUCACUGAUAAGUGGCUGGCGGUGCCCGCCCAAGUCUGGCAAGUAUAUGUGCACUUCCUGCAACGGGUGGAUAUCAGCUGUGUGACUGGCCAGCGGACCUGUCAAUCACUGGUGAUACGGGGCACCCAAGCCACCCGGAAGGUCCAGUGUUACACCUCGCACCCACAGGAGCUCAAGGUGGACCCAGCGGAGGUGUUUGUCCUCCUCCCGGGUGUGGUACAGGACCUGCAGUUGUGUGUGUGUCCGUUGCGGGCGGGCAGCCGCUUCUGCUACCUCACCGUGGUGGACGUGGAGCAACACACGCUGGUGGCCUGCUGGCUCCUCAGCCUCACCUGUCGCCUGCCCAUCCUCUCCAAGGCUUUUGAAAUGUGUGCACCUGUGGGAGGGGGUCGGGGGAGCACCCGGAAGAUCACUUACACCAACCCCUACCCCACCAGCCGUGUCCUCCUGCUACGGUCAGACCACCCUGACCUGCUCCAGUUUAAAGAGGACCGUUUUGAGAUUGGGGGAGGGGAGACCUACCGCAUCGGGCUGCGUUUCGCUCCCAGCCAAAGUCCUGGUGCUCAGGAGAUCCUCAUCUACAUCAACAACCAGGAGGAGACCACGGAGGAGACCUUCUGUGUGAAGGUGAAAUACACCUGAACACACGGCAACUCAACGCAGUACUGUACACAUCAACUACUACGGUACAGAACAAUGCUGUUUGCUAAGAAAGACAGCUCAACAAUGUUCUCAACAACUACUGUAUAGAACUCAACACUUUGCUACUUAUGAAAGACUGCUCAAUUCAGUACUCAUCAACUUGUGUAUAUAUAUAUAUUGUAACACGAUGGCUUGAUACAUAUGAAUGUAGAAUAUUUAGUAUAGAUGAGUUACUUUAUAACUGAAAGGUCCGGUACAUAUGACUGUAGGCUAAUUUUAAUAUUAUUACAAAUAAACAACUGUAUAAUUCAAACAUGCAGUCUAGAUGAAGUACUCUAUAACCGAAAGGCUUACUAUAUAUGACUAUAUUUUUGAUAGACAAUAUUUUCCUUGUAUAUGUUAAAGUUGAAGUGAUGCUUCACAGCGACUGUGUUGAUUGAGUUAUCUGUAAGUAAGAUAUUUAUGUCUAGGAAUACAUGUAUGAGGAAAAACAACUUUAUAAUGCACAGUGUGAUGUGAUGGGAAGCCAUGCCGUUGUGUUUGCUUAGCAUUCCACCUAAAUAGGUCAUGUUUCAAGAAUCAAAUGCAAAUACAGUAUAGGAUGCCAAAAUAAAAGCUCCUAAAGAGAGAGCCUGUUAUCUCUUGCAGCAGCUAGAGGUAUACACACACACGCAAUAGUUCACCAAUCAUAUUCAGGGUCAGAUAUGCCUUUAUUUGGGUGUUGGUGUACUGUACAUCAUCUUUUCUAACAUCAGAAGGCUCCCAGACAUUUCAUUUUUCUUUCUACAAUUUUUGUCAUUUAGCAGACACUCUUAUCCAGAGCGAUUUACAGUAGUGAGUGGAUAGAUUUUCAUUUGUACUGGUCCCCCGUGGGAAUCGAACCCACAACCCUGGCGUUGCAAGUGCCAUGCUCUACAGUUGUUACUUAUGACCCCACCCCCCUUUUUUCCCGACAAGGCUUGCGUUUCUCCAGAUAGCUCUUAUUAGCAAGGGCAGCACCCCUUUUAAAUCCUCUCUCUCUCUCUUUCGCUGUCUCUCUCCUUUUCCACAUGCCUCCCUUUCCCUAUCAGAGCCCAGGUCCUGCACAUUCUGUCAACAACCCCCGUCUUAUAUAAGCAUACCGCCUCGUUACACAACCUUGCUCUCUCUUCCUCAUUAGAAUGCAGGCUGCAAAAAGCCUGUACUGCUUGUACUCAGAAGAGGAGGAGAAAGGAGCAAAAAGCGAUUAAAUUCAAGAUACAAAAUGGGAAGUUAACAUUGCUUCAUAUAUUACACGGCUGGAGGGCUGUCCAUUUCUUAUUCUCCUUUUAU